UUCUAACUAUUAUUGCAGGAUUUUGGAUGAUAUUGAAGUGUAUGAGGAGCAAGUCUCAUUCAAACUGGAAGAGCUGGUCACCAUCUCCUCCUUCCUGAAUAAUUUUGUAUUUAAAAUGAUCUGGGAUGGCAUUCAGGAAAAUGCAAAUGGAGACCAACUGGAGCUGUUUCAUUCUGUUCACGGGUGGCUCAUGACACUGUACGAGCGAGACUGUCGACGGCGCUUUGCUCCUGAGGAUCAUUGGCUACGCAAGGAUCUGAAACCUAGCCUGAUAUUCCAGGAUUUGGAUAAAGGAAAGAAGAGAGCCCAGUUACUAUUGCAGUAUAUCCCACACACAAUUCCACACAAAAAUAGGGUGCUACUUUUCCGGAACAUGGUAACAAAGGAAAAGGAGGCACUUGGAUUGGUGGAGACGAGUUCUGCGUCUCCUCAUGUCAUCCACAUCACAAUACGCAGAUCCCGAAUGCUUGAGGAUGGGUACGAACAGUUACGGCGACUACCUGUGAACACUAUGAAAGGAGUUAUCAGAGUGAAAUUUGUCAAUGAUCUAGGAGUGGAUGAGGCUGGGAUUGAUCAGGAUGGUGUUUUCAAAGAAUUUUUAGAAGAAAUCAUCAAGAAGGUUUUUGACCCUGCUCUGAAUCUUUUCAAGACUACCAGUGGAGAUGAGCGACUGUACCCGUCCCCCACCUCUUACAUCCACGAGAACCACUUGCAGCUGUUUGAAUUUGUUGGAAAGAUGCUUGGAAAAGCUGUCUAUGAGGGAAUCGUAGUGGAUGUCCCAUUUGCUUCCUUCUUCCUCAGUCAGGUGCUUGGACAUCAUCAUAGUGCUUUGUACAGCUCAAUCGAUGAACUUCCAUCCCUGGAUUCAGAGUUCUACAAAAACCUCACCUCCAUAAAGCGAUAUGAUGGAGACAUUGGUGACCUUGGUUUGACAUUAUCCUACGAUGAGGAUGUUAUGGGUCAGCUUGUUUGCCAUGAGUUGGUGCCUGGUGGAAAGACUAUUGGAGUCACCAACGAAAAUAAAAUCAGUUACAUCCACCUCAUGGCUCAUUUCCGAAUGCACACUCAGAUCAAGGAUCAGACAAUUGCUUUCAUCCGAGGAUUCCGGUCCAUCAUUAACCCUGAAUGGCUCCGUAUGUUCGCAACUCCUGAGGUGCAACGUUUAAUUGCUGGAGACAAUGCAGAGAUCGACCUGGAGGAUCUCAAGAAGCAUACUGUGUAUUAUGGUGGUUUCCAUGGCAGUCACCGUGUGAUUACAUGGCUCUGGGAUAUCUUGGCUCAUGACUUCACAGCAGAAGAACGAGCCAUGUUUCUUAAGUUUGUCACAAGCUGCUCUCGGCCACCACUUCUAGGUUUUGCUUACUUGAAGCCUCCCUUC